CACUUAGAUUCGCGAACGUAAUCAAAAUUGCCUACAACAAAAUACAAAGACUGCUUGUUGUAGAAAUUAUAAUUACGUUCAUUAGCAAAAAUGUGGUGUUAAUUGUUAAUUUAACGUGUGUGUGUAAGUGGCAAAAAAAAAAAAUUUAGUUUGCAUCGGUUGGUAACGUUUUCAAUUGUUUAAAAAUAUGAAUAACGGCCGCAUGCGUCAGAUUUGAGCGGCGUUUUUGUGUUUGUGCUCGUGUUGGUGUUGGUGUUUGUGUAUAUGUUUCUUUUCGUUUCACAUGAUUUGUUGUUGUUGUUGUCUGUUCGCGUCGUUCGUUAAUCAACAAUUACAAUUAGUGCAGGAUGAGCAGACUGCAGCAGUCGCUCGAGUCGGGCAUGAAGAAUGAAUCGAAACACUACAACAUGAAGCAUUUCAUCGACGCCGUGAACGAGUACAUAAAGACGAGAACGGAGGACAGCGCCAACUUGAUCAACAGGCAUCUGCAGCUUCUCAGUGUUGUCAUCGAUAUUUCUGUGUUCGAUCCGAACACCAGCAUAGUGUGUGAAUUCUUUGUGAGUCUGCACGAGUUGCUCAAUAUACUGGAACCUAGGUCGACGAUAGCUUGGUGCUGCGUGAACGUGCUGGCAGUGGCAUGCAGAAACUCGGCUGCCCGACAUGCACUCAUACACACCUACCAAUUCAUCCCAGCACUCUCGAGGCUGCUUGGAGAUCAUCUCAUGAACAAUAAGCGAACUCAGUUGCUUCUAGUUAUGCAGGAUCUGUCGUGCGGAAUCAAGAUCUCGUGGAUGAUUCCGCAUCUGCCGCAUCUGAUGACGGUGUUGACCCGCUGGGUGGCGAAUGAAACCGAAGAUGAGCAGGUCAUCAGCUUGUCGCUGGGUGUUCUCGUCAAUCUGUGCUACAAGAAUCUCCCCGCGAUUUACACGCUCACUCGCUGCAUGGACAUAAAGAAGUUUCUGAGGGUGUGCAAUCGGCUGGAGGGCGCGAUGUACAAGAUCAACGUCUGCAAGCUGAUGAUCAUACUGGACAGAUCGGAUAUUUACGAGCCGGUGCCCGAAGAGACCUUCGUCAAGUUGAUCUCCGCUACGUUUCAAUCGGUCUUGGACACGCUCAGAGUGCAGGACGCUAUUCUCAUGCGGAGCAUCGUCGAAUUCUUCUUGGACGUUAAGCAGCAGAACAACGGAUCCGAUUCGAAUAUUUUGAAUAUCUUUACAAAUAUUUACACGAAUUACAAAUCGGACGUCGAACUGAUUCUGGAGGCUGUAGAGAACAACAAUAAGGGAGAUGCAGGAAAUCAAUUGGAUCCGGAAUGCAUGUCGAUCGUGUUCAGGUUCGUGCAUUCGCUCAUCGAGUUGAAAUUACCGAAUCUGGUGCCGCUCUACGCGAGGAUGGUUUACGUCGCUUUGCGUUGGGUGGAAACGGAGGUCGUCUCCUACGAGGCGCUGAGGAUAGUGCGCACGGUCGCGACCAGCAGCAAACUGGAGGACAUGCAGCUGUUCGAGCCGCUGAUGAAGGCUCUGCCAGUUUUCAUGAUCGAUCUGCAGCACAUCGACGAAGAUACCAUCAUGAACAUCGAGCACUGUCGUCGGUUGAGUUCCGUUAUGGAGCUGUUCACCGCCCUCCUCAAGGUGGAGCACACGAAGCAGACGGUCGUCGACACGUUGAACGAGGAUCUCGUUUGUAAGAUCUUCGUGCCGUUAAUUGGAUCCUCUCCGAGGCUGCCGUCCGCCAACAAUUGCACGCCCGAAGCGAUCACCCUGUACAUACACACGUUUGCGCUCAUCAACGAAAUCGCUUGCAUCAAAUCGGAAUGGGUGACGCCGCUGCAGGAACUCCUCCAAUACAGGCAGAUCCACAUGGUUAUAGCUGAAGCGCUCUUCAAAGGCAACGAGGAUAUUAAGGCGUUGAUCCUCACGCUCGCCGGAUUCCCGCUGUUCCCGCACAGGCAGGUGGCGAUCGCGCUCCAGGAACUUCAGCCGCUGAUGAAGGCCGACGUCCAGAAGACCACGUCCACAAACGAUAUGAUGUCGUAUCCGAUCACAUCGGUCGCGCAAGCGGAGAAACUUGAUCGAACAAUCGACUUGCUGAAGGAGGCGUGCGAGAAGAAGCACAUCGUAAACAUAUCGACGUCGCAGGUGAUGGAGCUGUACGAGUAUAAGCUGGCGUCGAUGCAGCACGCCGAGAGGGCGUCCAUGGCCUCGGUGGAGGCGGCGUCGAAGCAGUGCAUCCAUCUGCAGCAGAGGACGGCUCAACUGAGCGCCGAACUGUCGCGGAUACGGCAACUGCUUCUGCACACGCAACAAAACAGCGAGGAUGCGGCGCGCAAAAACAAAAAGUACGACGAGCACAUCAGGGAGUUGAACGAUCGGUUGAACGUGAUCAAGGGAAAGCACAACGCGACGAAGAGUCAGGUGGAGCAGAGAGAUCAGGCGCUCGCAGAAAAAGCGACCGAACUGGAGGAGGUCGGACGAAAGGUGGCGGCGCUGGUGAAGCAGCGAGAGGCGCUCGAGCAGACGAACGCCAAGUUGAACGCCGUCGCCGAGAAGCUGAACGAGAGUCUGAAGCGGCAGGAGGCGCACGCCGAAAAGAAGGAGGAGAUUAUCAAGAAGGCGAACGCCAGCAUCGAACAUUACAAGAUGGAAUCGGUGCAGCUGCAGCGACAACUGAAUCAGCUCGACGUGGAGCUGAAGCGGCGCAGCGACGAACUGUCCGCGAUCAGCGAGGAACUCCAGCAGAAGACGAAACUCAUCAAUACGAUCACCAAACUCACAACCAGUAAAUGAUCGAAAGCAUUUUGGUUGGGUUGGGUCGGUGGGGGAGGUACUAGGAGGGAGCUGAAAAAGAAAGGGUGAUCCUUAUUUUGUUGUUUUUUUUUUAAUUCUAUUUAUUAU